AUGAGUGGGCCCUACGAGCCACUGGCCAGCUCGGACAGCGAGCGCGCCGAAUCUGGCGUCGCCGCGCGCCGGGAGCAUGCCAUUGCACACCUGCAUGCUCAGGAGCUGGAGGAGCUCUGCGCCACCACGUCGGUUCCCAACGCGACCGUCAGUAGUGAGGAGCCGGAACCGACGGUUUGCACCACCCCCGGCUGUGUCCUCUCAGCGGCGAACCUACUGAGCAGCCUCGACCCGGCGGCCGACCCGUGCCAGGACUUCCACCGCUACGCGUGCGGCCGCUGGGCUGAGGCGCACCCGAGGCCAGGCGACAGGGCCUCGUGGAACGCCUUCGGCCGCGCCGGCCGGGCCGUAGCAGCCAAGCUGCGCAGCGUGCUACGCUCUCAGCCCUCGGCGGAGGACGGGGCCGCGGUCGGCGCCGCACGCCUCCUCUUCCG